AUGCCGGUUGGCGAUCUCAAGAUGCGUUUCAAUGUGGAUGACGAGGCACAGCCUGCAUCGAUGUCGACCGAAGAGCCCUUCCCGGAAACGAGGAUAUGGACAUCAGACCAUGAUCUGCUCAACAGUAACCUGUGCGAGCUCAAGCCCAGCAACACUCUUACAGCUGCAUCAACCUUCCUCGAUUCGGGAGCGUUGGCCUGUCUCUACGCCCUCGCUGGCCCAGACUGCAAGACAUUUCCGCUGGAGGUUACAGUCGGCAAGAUUCUGAACACCAUGAAUCAGUGCAUUACGACCCAUCUGGACAAGAAAAGACGUGGCUUCCCAAAACGCACCAUGAAAAUUCGUGGUCGCACCCCAGACUACUACCGCAUCAACUUCGAUCCCUCUGCCCAAGACAUCACGGGAGUGAGCCGCCGCCUGCACGACUUACUGAGCGCCAACCAACAUCUGCCGGCUGGACAAGUGCUGGAGAUCCUAGAUGAGCAGAGCUGCCGUCCGUUCGCCCUCUCGAAUCGCAAGGAUGUUCCGGGAGCGAAGAAGAUCGGGACAAUCGGACAGUACCCUCAACACAUCGACAAUCGCCACUACGUCUCUUGCUGGAACGAUCGUCUUGAAGCCCUCGCUGUCUGUGAGGCCGCGGGUUGGUCACUGAAGGAGGUUGUCGCUGCGGUCAUUCAGUCAGUCCGUGCUCGCUGUGAAAAGCUCGAUCCGGACUCCCUCCUUCUCCGAGACCCUAACGACCUGGAGAGCCAUGAUCUCUCAGCUAGACAUGUCUUAAGCCGCUCAGCUCGCAGGAAGCGCCCUCCACCUUCGACAGCCGAACUCAGGAAGCACGUCGGAGAAUGGAGCCUCCGCGAUGAAGUAGCCGGAUUUGCUCGGAAGGUACAGGAAUGCUUUGACCAGCCAGAUCGCACGAAUGAGCAGUACGCGGACAUGGUCGAGCGCGAGCUGUACUGCUUCAAGCUGGCGAACAAGAAGGCCGCAGUCAGGCGGAAGAGGCAUGGUUGA